GGCGCGACCACCUUUUCAUUUCGGUCAUUCUCGGCAAUCUCAUAUUCUUCGGCUUCGCUCGGUCAUUCCCGUCCGUCGACGGGAGCUUUCGGCUAUUCCCGUUUUCAGCUCGGCUAUUUCCGGUUCCGUUCGGGCAAUUCCGGCUCCGCUCGGCCUCCGGGAAGAGUCGUAGCAGAGAUAGGAACAGAAGCCUCGGCGGGAUGGAAGACCCUGAAAAGGUGCUGGAUGUGGGUGCCCAACUGCCCUCAAACGCAGACCCCGAAGACACCAUCCAAAGCCUGCAGGCACAGCUGGCGGCUGCUUUGACGGAGGUAGAGACGGUUCGGACCGUGGCCACUGUGAGCGAAGGCACCAAGCAGGAAGCAGUGGAGGCUGUCCGUCGCCAAUGGCAAGAGGAAGUGGCCUCUCUUCAAGCCAUCUUGAAAGACACGAUCUCCAGCUACGAGGCUCGCCUUUCCGCUUUGGAGCGGAGCAGCCGAGAAAAUGCCUGGAGCCGCCUGUUGCCGCGGUCCAACCCCUUGGAUUCCUUAGAGAAACAGAUGGAAAAGGCCCAAGAGGACACUCAGCGGCUCCGGGCCAUUGUGCUUCCAAUGGAACAGGAAAUUGCGGAGUUGAAAGCAAAGUUAGCUCGCGCCGAAGGCCUGGUUCAGGAGUUGCAGAGCGAGCAGCGUUCCUUAGGUAGCUCCUCUGAAUCCUUGCUGGCUGAUGCCGACGUUGUGCCCUCUGAUUCAACUCCAGAUGACCACAUUACUUUGGGAGAAGGAGGGGUGGCUGAUAAAUUUGCACGGGGCCUUGACAGUGUAUCCAUUGCCUCCAUUCCUUCCUUGGCCCCGAGUCCAGGGCCUCCAAUCCGACGCCGGUUUGCCCCUAGCCCUGAGACUGUAUCCAUUGCUUCUUCCACUGGGACCCUGGUGCCAGAGACCAUCUACCUGCCACCCGCUGGGUAUCAGCUGGUGCCUGCAGCAGAAUGGACACAGCUGCAUGAAAAGGUCCAGCAGCAACAUGAGGCUCUGGAAGCAGCAGCGCAGGAAAAGGCCAGCCUGGAGGAGGCACUGAGACGUAGCAAUGAUGAAUGUAGCAAGCAGGUUCAGGUUCUUUUAACUCAGGUCCAAACCUCAGAGCGCCUCCUCCAAGGCCUCCAAACCCUGGUGAGCGAAACACAGCGCCAGACUCAGGAGCAAAUGGCUGACUUGGCUGCAUCUCACAAGCGGAUGAGCUAUGAAGUGCAACGUCUCAGUGCGGAGAAUGAAGGACUGCGUAGUGCUUCUUCCCAAGAUCCCUGCCCAGCUAUGGAUGAUGACAAUGGGAGCUUCCCUAGCACUGUUGAGGAGCUUCAGGCUUUGGUGAAUAAGCUGAGACAAGGGUCUGCUUCUCAGCUCCGGGCGGCAGAGCAUCAAGCUGAGCGCCUGCGAAUCGAGAUCGUGUCUUUGAGGGAACGGCUGGAUGAAGAAGCAACAUCUCAGUCCGGACUGCAAGAGGCACUGGAAAGAGAGCAAGAGGAAAGAGAGCUUUUGCAGGCUUCCUUGAAUAGUAUUCAAAGUGAGAUGGAGAGACUACAGCAAAGCCAGGAAGAGAUGAAUAGAACCCAGGCACAGAUUGACGCUCCCUGUUUGGGAGAAGCCAGCAGCGUUCAGGAGAGGUCAGAGCCUUAGGCUGAGAUGGGGAGGCCAUGGCUGCUUUUCCUCCCUACCCAGCACUGUGGGAAUCUCAGGGAAACUGUGAUCCACGAGGCACCAAAUGAGUUCAUCUCUGUCCUGCAGAAGCCUGAUCAGGCCCUUCUCCACAUGGGUUAGGAGAGCAAUAAACUCUGGAGAUAGGAUGACUGGAAUGUCUCAUUUCUUCCUUCUCCUUUUCUUCUGUAUAUUGACUGACACUGGAGCUUCCAGAGCACAAUAAAGAUGCUUUUUUUGUACA